UCACUUGUUCAGUAAUUCUGGAAUAUGUGGUUGCAAGAUUUUUAAAAGGUAGAUUCUCCAAUGUCAUUGUUUUUAGGGUCCUGCAGGUGCCACUGGCCAAAAAGGAGCAUCAGGAGACCAUGGUCCUCCAGGACAGCGGGGUUACAAAGGAGCAAAAGGCAUGGCUUCCUUUUCGCCAUGUGAGCUCAUUGCUUAUAUUCGAGAGCACAGCUCUUGCUACCAAGGAACAACAGAGUGUCCAGCAUAUCCUACAGAACUAGUAUUUGCUUUGGAUAUAUCCCAGGAUACCACACUGCAGAUGUUUGAACAAAUGAAAAAGAUUGUCACGGAGACUGUGAACCAAACCAACAUCAGAGAGAGCAAUUGUCCUGUGGGGGCUAGAGUGGCUGUUGUGUCCUACAGCUCCAACACCAACUACCUGAUCCGCUUUACAGAUUUCCAGAGCAAGAACAAGUUGCUGCAGGAGCUCAGGAGACUUUCUUUCCAGAGAACCACCAACAGACGGGACAUCGGUGGCUCCAUGAAGUUUGUUGCCAGGCAUCUCUUCAAGCGGACUCUCCAAGGUGCUAAUGUGAGGAAAGUUGCUGUCUUCUUCAGCAAUGAAGAAUCUGGCCAUCCAAGUUCUGUCAACGCAGAACUCCUUGAAUACAGUGCAUUAGAGAUUGUUCCAGUCAUCUUAGCUUUUAAUAACAUAACGGAGGUCAAUCGUGCUUUUCUGAUGGAUGAUUCUGGACAAGCUCAAGUGAUCGCCAUUCCCACCAGGGGAGAUUACUCACCAUUUUUGAAAAGAUUCCAACUGUGCACACUUUGUUAUGAUAAAUGCAAACCAGAUGCUGUCUGUGGACGUACCAGAAGAACCAGGUCACCAUGGGAAUAUGUGGAUGCUGCUUUCGUUUUGGACAGCUCAAGAAAAAUAAAUCCUGAUGAGUUUAAGAAACUGAAGGAAUUUCUAAGCAGAGCUCUGGACCAUUUUGAGAUUUCCUCUCAGCCUGCAACUUCUUCUGUAGGUGACAGGGUGGCUAUGGUGAGCCAUGCUGCACCAGCAUUCAGACCACAAAACCAGGUGGUGCCUGUAAAGAAACAAUUUGAUUUAGUGACUUUCAGUACAACACAGUUUAUGAAAAAAUAUAUCCAGGAAUCUGUUCAACAAUUGGAUGGUGGAGCAGCUGUUGGCCAUGCCAUCCAGUGGACAAUUAACCACAUUUUCUCAUACACUCCAAACCCAAGGAAACACAAGGUCAUCAUUGUGAUAUCUGUGGGUGGAACAAGUCACUGGGAUAAAGCAGUGUUAAAGAAAGUCUCUCUGAGAGCCAAGUGUCAAGGCUAUGCCUUGCUGGUAGUCUCUGUGGGACAGACUUACAAUAGCACAGAACUUGAAGAGCUGGCAAGUUAUCCCCUGGAGCAGCACCUGGUUCAGCUUGGCAGAAUUCACAAGCCUGAACUAAACUACGCUGUUAUGUUCCUGAAACCCUUUCUACAUUUUCUUCGGAAUGGAUUCAACAGCUAUCCACCAGCUGAACUUAGAACAAAAUGUCAUAAGGUCAGCACUAAAAAAUCAAGACAUGUUUUCAGACAUCACAGUCACAAAUGAUUGUCAGAAGAUGAUAUGAACCUGCCCAUACACAGAUGCAAAGAAACACAGCUUUUUCUUUUUGUCCAUGGGUAGAAGGAAGAAUUAAUGUUUAUAAUAGUGUCCAAUUGUCCCUUUCAAUGAUGUAUAGAAUUCUAGGAACUGCAGAAAUAACAAGAUGUAAUAUAUAAAAUCUAUGGAGUGAUUGUGAUUCUUCUCACCUUUUAAAAGAAAACCUUUCUUUUUCAAGAUUAACACAGCCGUGUCUUCUGGACAUUGCUCCUGCCUUCAUUCUUUAUAUAUGUUCAGAGGUAUAGUUGAAUAAGCCAAUGUCCAUUCAUAUGCUAUUUCAGCCUUUCUUUUGAACAUAUGAGUGGGGUAUGGCUGAGAAAUGUGUUCAUCACAGCUACUAUAAUGAUAUUACAUCAAACAAAAUAAGCACAUUAAAUUGGUUUACUGUAACAAGUAAACAAAUGAACUUAAUUUUUUAGACCGUUUCUUUCAAAAAUGGAUUUGGGGGCUUCACUUGGACUCUGCUAGAAGCUAUGAGGAAAAUUUCAAUCAAGGCUUGCCCAAAUUUUCAGUCAUGCUCAAAACAAUAGAGCAAAUUAGUUGUCACUUACCUUUUUGAUUACAGUGGGAAGUAAUUCACAGUACUGGGGUCCAAAUCACUUCUCCAAGUAAAAGAACUCCUGAAGAUAAAAAGAAGCAGCAUUGUUAA